AUGGAUUCGGAUAAUUCAGAUGUACCUAUCCUAGAAGAACCCAUAAAUGAUUAUCAAGAAGGACCAUCUCAAGUAUACACUAAAUCCAAUUUUGCCUUUUACUUAAUAAGUUACUUAGAUAAUCCUUUUAAUUAUCAUUUGUUACUCGAAUUUUCUCUCUCUUACAUAGAUAGUGAGCUAGUUAUGAAGAUUCUUGUAUGGAAUGUGCAUGGGCUUGCCCAAAAAAUCACUAAGGACCAGUUGUGUUUUCUUAUCAAAACUCAGUCACCUGAUUUCUUGUUUCUUUCUGAAACUAAGAUAAAUUCAAGUAGAAUGCUAAGUCUAUCCAGGUCUCCUAAGUAUUGUAAUCAUAUUUGCAUUGAUAGGGUUGGUCUUGCAGGUGGUCUCAUAUUAAUGUGGAAAGAUGGUAUUGCUUGUGAGGUUCAAGAAGCCAAUAAUAACAUUAUACAUGUAGUUGCUACUCUUCAUCCUUAUAAGCCCGAUGUUCUUAUCUCCUUUAUGUAUGGCUCUACUUACUUUGAUGUCAAGAAAGAGCAAUGCGAAUUAAUGAAAAGAAUAGGUGGAAAUAUUAGUCAACCUUGGUUAGUGAUAGGUGAUCUUAAUGUUCAUCUUCAUGAUGAAACUAACUUGUUUAAUGUUACUAUGGAAGAUAAAUAUAUGCAAUCUCAGAUUAAUACUUGCGGUCUUAUGGAUCUAGGUUUAUCUGGUAGAGAAUAUACUUGGUCUAGCAAUAAUAUGGGUACUGGAGAAAGAAAAUCUAGAAUAGAUUUAGCUCUAGGAAACCAUGACUGGAACAUACACUUUCCUCGUGCUAAGUUAGUACAUCUAGUGCAAUACACUUCUAAUAUUGUCUUAUCUGAGGAUAUUUUUAACAUUAUACCUAUUGUUUUAAAUGAUGAGGAUAAUAACAGGUUGACAGAUAUUCCUUCAGCUGAGGAAAUUCAUAAAACAGUUAAGGAUAUGGCAUCUCAAAGCUCUCCAGGGCCUGAUGGCUUUCAAGCUGGUUUUUACCAAGCUAAUUGGGAUAUUGUAGCUAAUAGAAUGAAGCCUUUCUUAAAGCAUAUUGUCUCACAUUUUCAAUAUGAUUUUGUGCCAAGUAGAGCUAUUCAUGAUAACAUAGUUAUGGCUCAUGAGAUGAUACACACUAUGAAAUAUAAAGAAGGAAACAGCGGUACUAUGGCUCUAAAACCUGAUCUUUCUAAAGUCUUUGACAGAUAUAUUGAGCAGCGUAUUUCUACUACCAAAAUCUCUAUCCUUCUAAAUGGUACUCCUAUGCAUGAGUAUAGUCCUACUAGAGGAAUAAGACAAGGAGACCCUCUAUCCCGUUAUCUGUUCAUUAUAGUUGUGGAAUAUCUUUCCAGACUUUUAUUAGUUGCUACUAAUAAUCAUCUUAACUCAGGUGUGAAAGCUGCUAGAAAUGCUUCUGCCAUCACUCACUUAUUAUUUGCAGAUGACAUUCUCUUAUUUACUAAGGCAGACAUGCAUAAUAUCUCAGGUAUUUUGAAAGUUAUUAGUGAUUUUGGUAAGUACUCAGGAAAAAUGCUUAACUUUAAUAAAUCUAGUGUUUAUUUUAGUAAAAACUUAAGUCCAAAUACUAAAAAAGUUCUUUCUAGAGCUUUAAAUAUGUCUGAAAUGCAAGAUUCUGACAUCUAUCUUGGUGUUACCUUGUUAUUAGGAAGAGAUAAGAGUAAAGGCUUUAAACCCAUUAUACAUUCCUUUGGUUCUAGAUUAAAAAACUGGAAAGGAAAAACCAUGAAUCAGUCUGCUAGAUCUACUAUGGUGAAACAUGUUCUAAAUGCUUUGCCUACUCACCAUAUGGGAAGUUUCAAACUUCCCAACAAUCCUUUAUCUCAACUAUACUCUAUUCAAAGACAUUUUUGGUGGGGAGAUAAAAACAAUAGAGGCUAUAAUCCUAUAAGAUGGAACAAAUUUAGCAUUCCUAAAGCUCUAGGAGGUCUAGGAUUCCGAAAUCCUGAAAACUUUAAUAUUGCUUUACUUGCCAAACAAGAUUGGAAAGCUUGUAGUGGUGAAGAUUCUCUCUGUGUUCAAAUUCUUAGAGCAAAGUAUGCUAAAAAUGGUAGCUUCCUGCAUAUUAAUAAGCUAAAAGAUGACUGCUCUUGGUUGUGGAGAAGUUUCUAUACUGGUCUUGAAGUGAUUCAAAAAUAUUAUGUUUGGGUUGUUAGAUAUGGCACAAAAAUUAAGAUUUGGAUAGAUUGUUGGGUUAUUGGUUUAGAUAGCCCGCCUGUUCCAGUUACUGGAGCAUCUAUCUAUGAGACUUAUAAUCUUGAUUGUGAUGCUAUGAUACUUAACAUGAAUAUACCAUAUAGUGGUGAGGAUUGCCUCAUAUGGAAACUUGAUAGGAAUGGGAAAUUUACUGUGAAGAAUGCUUAUAAUACAAUAUGCAGUGAUUAUGUUAAUACUCAGAACACUAGACCUCGUCAUCAAGGAACUAUUGCUAGAAUUAACCAUCUUCUGCAACAAUGCAGUAAAACUUUAGCUAGAGAUCUUAAUAGGAAUGUUAAUAGUUUGCAGGUGCAAGAGGCAUACAAAUGGGAGAGGAAGUUGCAGAGGAGUAUGGAGCUGAGUAUUUUGAAUGUAAAGCUCUAG